CUGUAAAAUAAUGUGGUGUGGAACAUGAUGAGAGUUAGAGUACCACAAACGAAUAACAAAUGGUUGCAUCCAAAAAAGGGUUAGAAUUAGUACACACCACACUCGCGCGCAACUCGCACACUCACUCACUCCUCUAUCCCUAAUUUCCCAAUUCAAACCCUAUCCCUAAUUCUGCAUUUCGGAUUCAUUUACGCGGAAUGGCAGAGAUUCAGCCGCCGGAGGGGCAGAUAAACGGCGGCGGAACCCUAAUUCUCAAUUCGUCGGAGCCUUCCAUCGGAUCCAAGCGGCAGCGGCCCCCGAGCGUCCGAUUGGGCGACAUCGGCGGAGACCAGCCCUACGACUCCCACGCGCGCCGCAACUCCAAGCCGUGGAAACUCGCCUUCGACGGCGGACACCACCACCACCACCACCGUGGCGGCGGCAAGGAGAAGGGCCCAGGUAAACCCUCCAAGACUCGUCCUUUAACCAACUUGAGCGAGUUUAACGAAACCCUAGAACCCAACGACAGAGAGCCAGGGAACAUCGACACCGUCGCAAUUGGGAGCUGGAAGGUCAGAGAGUCCAAGAAGAGGGGCUCCGUCGCCACCAAGAGGGUCAGAUCGAAUUGGGUUUCCAGAAUCGACGAGGGCGGCGACAACGGUGGCGGCAGCGGUGGCGGCGGCGGCGAGGGGGAGGAAGAGGAGAAGUAUAACGGAGAUGGGGAUGAUGAUGACGAUGAUGUUGACGGGUAUCGGGAGUUUGAGGUGGAGAAUUCGGAGAGUCCUUUGAAGGAACAAAGCCCUAUUCAUAGUGUGGAGAAUUUGGGGGGUGAUGGGAAUAGGAGGGGAUUUAAGGGUAGAGAACAGCAGCAGCAACAGCAUGACGGGGUUGAGCUAUCUGUGCCGUCUGAUACUGAUGUUAGGGCUUGGAAGUGUGGGGAUAGGAAUAAUGAGAAUGGUGGGAGAGUGAGGGGUGGUGAAGAUGGGGUUAGGAUUUGGCUCAAUGGAUUGGGAUUGGGUCGUUAUGCGCCUGUGUUUGAAGUGCAUGAGGUGGAUGAUGAGGUUUUGCCCAUGUUGACUCUAGAGGAUCUCAAGGAUAUGGGGAUUAGUGCUGUUGGGUCCAGGAGAAAAAUGUACACUGCCAUUCAGAAACUCGGGAAGGGCUUCUCCUGAGUUGAGCAAGCUGAGCUUGUUUUUGGUGCCGUGGCCGCCGGAUGAUGUAGAUUCUCAGCCGUAGCGAAUUAUUCAGAUGCGUGUGUCUGAGCUGAACUGAGUUUUAGUAUGUUCUCCCGUGACUCUUUUUUUUAGGGUUGGAAAAGUUAGGACCUCACAUGUUAUUUGAGAAACAAACAUCCUUCUUGAAAUCCAGUGCAAGUAUAUAUAACUCUGCGAAUUUUGUUGGAGCUAUUCAUAAUUGUUUUUUUUUCCACUGAAGCAAUUCUAGUUUUUUAUUUCGUUGGUAACUUGGAAGAGCAGCAUGAAGGAAAAACCAACAUGGUAUAACGCGGUUGGAAAGUUCUUUCCUUGAAUGAAAAGGGCAUGCUGUUUCAUUUCCUUAUUCUGUUUAUGGGAAUGUCAACCAUGCAUUUUUGUGGUCUUGUGAAAUUAUUGUGUUGACCUUGUUUACAGAACUCGUGUAGACUACAAUAAUCAACAUUUAGUAUGCGAAA